GAUGUAACUCUUUACUCCAGCAUCAGAUAAUUCGAACAUAACCACUGGACGCAUUGUAAACACCUUCACUCAUAAAAAUUUCUAUAAAUAUGCGCGUUUGUGUGUGUUUGAAUUAUAAACGGUGCGCUGGCGCCGCGCCAGAACGCAUGCGCUAAAUAGCUUACGAGGAUCACUUCUCACCCGCCCCGACACCGACGCGGAACUCUGCGAUGCUCAAAAGAUAGUACAAAAAAGUGAUAAAUAAAGUGCUGUGAAAAUGUCCCCAAAGUGCCCAGUUCCUCCUCUUCAAGAAAUUACACUAUCUUUAGUAGCCAGGCAGCUCAUCCACGCCCUCUCCAGAGUCACCGCUGACGAAGAUGUUGCUAUGCUCUUCGCGAUGGUCUCGUCGUAUUACGAGCAAAUGGGGGCUACUAGUGACAUAUUUCAAGAUCUCAUGAACUUAAUACUAAGCUCUGAAUACCUCGACCCCUCUAUAAGAUACUACACAAUGAAGUUACUGCUUAGAGAGAAUGUGAAAACUCUUGCUACGGGAAUGUUCCCCUGCCCUUACUACAGGAAAGUCAUUGAGCUGAUUGUUGAACAGGGGCAUCAUUUGACUACUCUCAAUCUUAAAGGAGUAUGGGUUAAAGAAGACCAUCUGACGCUCAUGUAUAAUCUAAUCAAGAAUCUUACAAACCUGACAGUUCUCCAUAUUCCUUACAUCGCUAACGAUGAAGUGCUCAAAUUCAUCGGCGAACAUAAUAAACAGCUGAAACUCUUAGACGUGUCUGGAGAGACGGAUAUCACAGAAAUUGGUAUAGACGCCAUGUUGUCUGGAAAUCCGGAGCUGACUCGAAGUUUAACUGUGGUCAACAUAGGAAUUUACGGCGAAGAAAACAUCGACCACACAGACGUGGCGUUGUUGAUACGACGGUUACCUAACCUUACAAACCUAGGCAGUUACUCAUUCGUCGGGAAAUCUCUUUACUACAUCUACAACAAUGAUUGUCCGCCUGAUUUCAAAACAAAGUUACAGUACAUCCACGACGCUCAGACAAACAUGAGGACCAUGAAAGCGAUAGUAGCUUUAUGUCCAAGUCUCGAAACUAUUUAUCUAGAAGAGCCCGAUUCAGGCGUGCUUGCGUUGAUCAAAGAGUUUAAAGACAUUAACAAAAUUAAGCUUAACAAAUUCCAGUGCCAUGAGCUGCAUCAGCUACUCGACAAAAUCGGAUAUAAGAUUGUUACACUAAUGUUGUCUGGAUCGUUGGGAUCAUUCAACUUUACUAGGAUAGCAGAAACGUGCAGAAACUUGGAGAGUUUGGAGUUCUAUCAAAUACAGACCGCGACGCACGAAGAAGAAGUUCCAUUUACAAAACUAGAGCAUAUAGAAAUAGUUCAAGGAAACUUAUCGUCUUCGUGUCUCAAAUAUUUAAUGUGUGGGAGCCCGAAACUGAAGAAAAUCAUAAUAGCAGACGAAAUUAAGUUGGAUGACAACGAUAUGUCGAGAAUGCUCCGCCGCUACAAAUUUGAGAACCUCGAAGGCAUUUGGUUCCCGAACGCACCUCGGCUAACACGUGACACCGUGGAACUACUCAUGGAGUGCUGUCCCAAACUGCAGAGCUUGGGACAGCUGAGCGGCUGGCGGUUCACUCCUGAUGACAUGAUGCUUAUGAGAGCUAUAAUAGCAAGUACUAAUAUUGAUCUAGUGCUGUCGCCGCUCGGUAUUUUCCAGCAAGGUAACUAGGAAAUGUGGAAGGACAGUAAAGCUAGUUCUAGAUGACACUGAUGAUGGUACCUUCGUUUAUAUGGAAUUUGAUGGUUAAAGUUGUAGGUGGCGCUCUCGACGAUAUGGUACUUUUUGUAUGGAAUUUGACAACACCAUAGAUAGACAAUCAAAGUGACAGUGGCCUUCUAAAUUGUAUGCUCGUCGCGUGCCUAGCCGAUAUCAACUAUAAUAAUAGAAACGAUAAUGGGUCAGUUUAAAUAUAAUGGGUCAAUUACCAAAUAAAGUGAGCCGUUUCAUUUCUCUUGAGUGUACAGCAAAGAAGGAGGCGUAUACUUAAUGCCGGUGAUAAACGUCAUUGGCUAUGUGCACGACAGUAGUGGGUAUCUGGGUAUACCUGGGUACCCUUUCAAUAUGUAUGUAUGUAUGUAUAUACUUUAUUGUACAUAGAAAUAAAAACACGAAAAACACAGUUACAGAGUAAAUUAAAUACAACAAAGGCGAACUUAUCCCUGUAUGGGAUCUCUUCCAGUAAAUAAUAAUAUUAUAGUGUUAAUCUUACUGAAUACGAGGAAAACAUCAUUGGCUUGUAUUACUGUGACUGAUUUUUCUUAAUUUGCAAUGAGACUCUUAUGAAAAAUGCAAUUUAGAAAACUCACUGUCAUUUCUGAUAGAAUCUAUUGAUUUUAUUGAUGUACUAAAAAAGUUUUAUGCUGCAAAAUGUAUUCAUUUAUUCGUUAUUUAACAACUGUGGAAAUACCCAAAACCUUAAAUCUAUUGAUACCUUCUGCAAAUGGCAUAAAGUAAGAUAUACCACACGUGGUAUAUUUGAAAAUAAACAGUUGAAAUACAA